AGUCUUUAAGAAGUCCAGCCCCAACUCCAAGCUCACAGUUUAUCUAGGGAAGCGAGACUUUGUUGAUCACUUGAACUACGUAGAUCCAGUAGACGGAGUCCUCCUUCUAGACCCGCAGUAUCUGAAAGAUCGAAAAGUGUUUGUGACUCUGACCUGUGCAUUUCGUUAUGGUCGGGAGGACCUGGACGUCCUGGGCCUUUCCUUCCGGAAAGAUCUGUAUGUCAGCACAGUCAAGGCGUUCCCUCCUCUGCAGGAGGAAAAGAAGCAUCUGAGCCGCCUGCAGGAGAGGCUGCUGAAGAAGCUGGGUCAGAAUGCCUACCCCUUCAACUUCACUAUCCCCCAGAACCUGCCUUGCUCAGUGACCCUCCAGCCAGGCCCAGAGGACACUGGGAAGGCAUGUGGUGUGGACUAUGAGCUUCGAGCAUUCUGUGCCAAGACUGUGGAGGAGAAGAUCCACCAAAGGUUCAACACUUUCAGACACCUGAGACUACAACCAAACUCUCACUCCUAGAGUGUGGUUCUCUUAAUAGGCCUUUUCAGGGAACCAGCUCUAUUCCCAUUCAAGCACUUGGUUUUGAACUGUUUUGAGCAGUUCAACCAAAAAUAAAUUGGUCCAGAACCUGAAAAGUGCAGUAGCAGGUUUUUUCUUGGGAACCAAAGUGAGCAUGUCAUAUUCUACAGUUUGUUGUGCAUUGUGCAAAGUCCUCUGUUGAUGAUGAAUCUGAUUAUACUGGUUUUGCUCAAAACUGGUAGAAAUGCAUGCUGAAUCUUGAAUGGAAGUAGUUCGAAAAUCCAAACUAAUUUGGUGAAAAAAGGGAGCUCAGAAACACUAGAGACCCAACACUGAGCAUGUUUUUUCCAUUUGCAUGACAUACUUUGAAACCAGCUGCCAAUAGCUGAUAUUUUGCAACAAUUUGGAAUGCCCAGUUCUCUUUUAUCCCUUUCUACCAACACAAACUCAGUGCUAGUUCUGGGCUACUGCUAGUGUUGGUUCAGAGUUGGUUCAACCUUAUAAGUCCCAGGUUGCUUUUCCACGGGCCACAUCAUUACAUCACUGUACAUUUCCAAUGUUAGCUAUUGUUACCAAGGUAAAUAGUAGCUUGCUAAACAGUAAAUAAAUUCAUAGCUGGUUGGCCACAAGGUACCCCCAGCCCCUGUUGCGAGUGGUUCUUGUUUCUAGACCACUUGACUAGACUGUUGACUCUAUAUAUGGACAGAGCUUCUGGGUCUGAAAAGUGAAGCCAACCCUGAAGUGUCUUAAACCUGCAUUCUAUGUAAAUUCCAGCAGGUGGCCGCACGAUUGGCUGCAAUAACACAGCGAUCCCAUUCACUUGAAUGAAAAUCGACUUGAGACUUCCUUUAUGAGCUCAGUAAACAGUUUCCUGGUGAGUUUAGG